UUGUUUUUGAGAUAGGGUAAGACCUGGACCUUGAUUCUCCUGUUUAUGUUUCCUGCCUUAGCUGAAUUGAUAGGUACUUGUCACCACUCCCAGCUGUUGGUUGAGACAGGAGUCUCAGUAACUUUUUGCCUUGACUGUCCUCCAACCUUGAUCCUCAAGAUCGCUGCCUCCUGAGUAGCUGGAGUUACAGGUUUUACAGCCACUCUGGAUGAUGACAAACCUUGGUACUCCAUUUUUCCCAUUGACAAUGAGGAUUUGGUGUAUGGACGCUGGGAGGACAAUAUCAUUUGGGAUGCUCAGGCUAUGCCCCGGCUGUUGGAGCCUCCUGUUUUGACACUUGAUCCCAAUGAUGAAAACCUCAUUUUGGAGAUUCCUGAUGAGAAGGAAGAGGCCACUUCUAAUUCCCCUUCCAAGGAAAGUAAGAAAGAAUCAUCUCUGAAGAAGAGUCGAAUUCUCUUAGGGAAAACAGGAGUCAUUAAGGAAGAACCACAGCAGAACAUGUCUCAGCCAGAAGUGAAAGAUCCAUGGAAUCUCUCUAAUGAUGAGUAUUACUACCCCAAGCAACAGGGUCUUCGUGGUACUUUUGGAGGGAAUAUUAUCCAGCACUCAAUUCCUGCUGUGGAAUUACGGCAGCCCUUCUUUCCCACACACAUGGGACCUAUCAAACUCCGGCAGUUCCAUCGCCCGCCUCUGAAAAAGUACUCUUUUGGGGCACUGUCUCAGCCAGGUCCCCACUCAGUCCAGCCUUUGCUAAAGCACAUCAAAAAGAAGGCUAAGAUGAGAGAACAAGAGAGGCAAGCUUCAGGUGGUGGAGAGAUGUUUUUUAUGCGCACACCUCAGGACCUCACAGGCAAAGAUGGAGAUCUUAUUCUUGCAGAAUACAGUGAGGAAAAUGGACCCUUAAUGAUGCAAGUUGGCAUGGCAACCAAGAUAAAAAACUACUACAAACGGAAACCUGGAAAAGAUCCUGGAGCCCCAGAUUGUAAAUAUGGGGAAACUGUUUACUGCCAUACAUCUCCUUUCCUGGGCUCUCUCCACCCUGGCCAAUUACUACAGGCAUUUGAAAACAACCUUUUUCGGGCUCCAAUUUAUCUUCAUAAGAUGCCAGAAACUGACUUCCUGAUCAUUCGGACAAGACAAGGUUACUAUAUUCGGGAAUUGGUAGAUAUUUUUGUGGUUGGCCAGCAGUGCCCAUUGUUUGAAGUUCCUGGGCCCAACUCCAAAAGGGCCAAUACACAUAUUCGAGACUUUCUACAGGUUUUUAUUUACCGACUCUUUUGGAAGAGUAAAGAUCGGCCACGACGAAUUCGGAUGGAAGAUAUAAAAAAAGCCUUUCCUUCCCAUUCAGAAAGCAGCAUCAGGAAGAGGCUAAAGCUCUGUGCUGACUUCAAACGCACAGGGAUGGACUCAAACUGGUGGGUGCUGAAGUCUGAUUUUCGUUUACCAACGGAAGAGGAGAUCAGAGCUAUGGUAUCCCCAGAGCAGUGCUGUGCUUAUUAUAGCAUGAUAGCUGCAGAGCAGCGACUGAAGGAUGCUGGCUAUGGGGAAAAGUCUUUUUUUGCUCCAGAAGAAGAAAAUGAAGAAGAUUUCCAGAUGAAGAUUGAUGAUGAAGUUCGCACUGCCCCUUGGAACACCACAAGAGCUUUCAUAGCUGCCAUGAAGGGCAAAUGUCUCCUGGAGGUGACUGGGGUUGCAGAUCCAACAGGCUGUGGUGAAGGAUUCUCCUAUGUGAAGAUUCCAAACAAACCAACCCAGCAAAAGGAUGAUAAGGAACCUCAGCCAGUGAAGAAGACAGUAACAGGAACAGAUGCAGACCUUCGUCGCCUUUCUUUGAAAAAUGCCAAGCAACUUUUGCGAAAAUUCGGUGUGCCUGAGGAAGAGAUUAAAAAGUUGUCCCGCUGGGAAGUUAUUGACGUGGUACGCACAAUGUCAACAGAACAGGCCCGUUCUGGAGAGGGGCCCAUGAGUAAAUUUGCCCGGGGUUCGAGGUUUUCUGUGGCUGAGCAUCAAGAGCGUUACAAAGAGGAAUGUCAACGCAUCUUUGACUUACAGAACAAGGUUUUAUCAUCAACUGAAGUCUUAUCAACUGACACAGACAGCAGCUCAGCUGAAGACAGUGAUUUUGAAGAAAUGGGAAAGAAUAUUGAGAACAUGUUGCAGAAUAAGAAAACCAGCUCCCAGCUGUCACGUGAACGGGAGGAGCAGGAGCGGAAGGAACUACAGCGGAUGCUACUGGCAGCAGGCUCAGCGGCAUCAGGAAACAAUCACAGAGAUGAUGACACAGCUUCUGUGACUAGCCUUAACUCCUCUGCCACUGGUCGCUGUCUCAAGAUAUAUCGCACAUUUCAAGAUGAAGAGGGGAAAGAAUACGUUCGCUGUGAGACUGUCCGAAAGCCAGCUGUCAUGGACGCCUAUGUGCGCAUUCGGACCACAAAAGAUGAGGAAUUCAUUCGAAAAUUUGCCCUUUUUGAUGAACAGCAUCGAGAAGAGAUGCGAAAAGAACGGCGGAGGAUUCAGGAGCAGCUGAGGAGGCUUAAACGCAACCAGGAAAAGGAGAAGCUUAAGGGUCCUCCUGAGAAGAAGCCCAAAAAAAUGAAGGAGCGUCCUGACCUAAAGCUGAAAUGUGGAGCAUGUGGUGCCAUUGGACACAUGAGAACAAACAAAUUCUGCCCUCUUUAUUAUCAAACAAAUGCCCCACCUUCUAACCCUGUUGCCAUGACAGAGGAGCAAGAAGAAGAGUUAGAAAAGACAGUCAUUCCUAAUGAUAAUGAAGAACUUAUCAAGGUUGAAGGGACCAAGAUUGUCUUGGGGAAACAGCUAAUUGAGAGUGCAGAUGAAGUUCGCAGAAAAUCUCUCGUCCUCAAGUUCCCUAAACAGCAACUUCCUCCCAAGAAGAAACGGCGGGUAGGAACCACUGUUCACUGUGACUAUUUGAAUAGACCUCAUAAGUCCAUCCACCGGCGCCGGACAGACCCUAUGGUGACACUGUCGUCUAUCUUGGAGUCUAUUAUCAAUGACAUGAGAGAUCUUCCGAAUACAUACCCUUUCCACACUCCAGUCAAUGCAAAGGUUGUAAAGGACUACUACAAAAUCAUCACUCGACCAAUGGAUCUACAAACACUCCGUGAGAAUGUGCGCAAGCGCCUCUAUCCGUCUCGGGAAGAGUUCAGGGAGCAUUUGGAGCUAAUUGUGAAAAAUAGUGCAACCUACAAUGGGCCAAAACACUCAUUGACCCAGAUCUCUCAAUCCAUGCUGGAUCUCUGUGACGAAAAACUUAAAGAGAAAGAAGAUAAAUUGGCUCGUUUAGAGAAAGCUAUCAACCCUUUGCUGGAUGAUGAUGACCAAGUGGCAUUUUCUUUCAUUCUGGACAACAUUGUCACUCAGAAAAUGAUGGCAGUUCCAGAUUCUUGGCCAUUUCAUCACCCAGUUAAUAAGAAGUUUGUUCCAGAUUAUUACAAAGUGAUUAUCAAUCCAAUGGAUUUAGAGACUAUACGUAAGAAUAUCUCCAAGCACAAAUACCAGAGUCGAGAGAGCUUUCUAGAUGAUGUAAACCUUAUUCUGGCCAACAGUGUUAAGUACAAUGGGCCUGAGAGUCAGUACACUAAGACUGCUCAGGAGAUUGUAAACAUCUGCUACCAAACAUUAACUGAGUAUGAUGAGCAUUUGACUCAACUUGAGAAAGAUAUUUGUACAGCUAAAGAAGCAGCUUUGGAGGAAGCAGAAUUAGAAAGCCUGGACCCAAUGACUCCAGGGCCCUACACACCACAAGUUACUGAGGGGCCAGGUAUAAAGAACCCUCAGAUACUUCUUCAAGGAUCAGAACAAGGAAAGGCUCUUGGAGUAUGUGGGCAGAUUGGGUCAAGGGGGCUUAGCCUCCUGAUUUGUAUGAUACCAACACAUCCCUCAGUAUGUCUCGAGAUGCCUCCUCUGUAUUUCAAGAUGAAAGCAAUAUGUCUGUCCUGGAUAUUCCCACUGCUACUCCAGAAAAGCAGAUGCGCCAGGGCCGAGGAAGGUGAAGAUGGAGAUGGUGAUCUUGCAGACGAAGAGGAAGGAACUGUGCAACAGCCUCAAGCCAGUGUCCUGUAUGAGGAUUUGCUUAUGUCUGAAGGAGAAGAUGAUGAAGAAGAUGCUGGGAGUGAUGAAGAAGGAGAUAAUCCUUUCUCUGCUAUUCAGCUGAGUGAAAGUGGAAGUGACUCUGAUGUGGAAUCCAGCAGUAUAAGACCCAAACAGCUCCGCAUGCUUCAGGAGAACACAAGAAUGGGCAUGGAAAAUGAAGAAAGCAUGAUGUCCUAUGAGGGAGACGGUGGGGAGGCUUCCCAUGGUUUGGAGGAUAGCAACAUCAGUUACGGGAGCUAUGAGGAGCCCGAUCCCAAGUCGAACACCCAAGACACAAGCUUCAGCAGCAUCGGUGGGUAUGAGGUAUCAGAGGAGGAAGAAGAUGAGGAGGAGGAAGAAGAGCAGCGCUCUGGGCCGAGUGUACUAAGCCAGGUCCAUCUGUCAGAGGACGAGGAGGACAGUGAGGAUUUCCACUCCAUUGCUGGGGACAGUGACUUGGACUCUGAUGAAUGAGGCUUCCUUUGGGCCUCCUUGAUCAGCCUUCCCUGUUCUCCAGCUAGGUGGUUCACCUUUGCCCAAUUUGUUUCUAUUUGUAUGGUCUCUAAUCCUGAAAUCACCAGAUGAACUAACACCUUAUCCUUUAACAAUAAGUAAAUGAUAAUAUUUCACCUUUCCUGAUCUUGUUGCGGCAGUGUCACCCAUUGACCUAAAACAAAGCAACUAACUUCCCUUUACUGCUACCAAGAAGAGAGCUCAAGCUCAUGCUUCUCCAGUGCCCUUUUUUAAUGCUAUUUAUUGCUCUUGGCCUAAUAUUUCCCUAGGGAAGGAGAAGAAAUUAUGAAAGGACAAAUAACUUUAUAUUCUCCAUGUACUAGAAAUCUUCUUAAGCAUGGUGUCAUUUCAUUUUCUAAUUUGCAGGCUGGAAUAGGUGAGAACUCCCCUGAUGAAACAGAGAAUUAGGUUCUGGUGGGCUCAGUGCCAUACUUAAAGAAACCUUUUUAGAGAAACUGCUCAUUAAUUAAUUAAUUAAUUAAUUAAAUUAAUUAUGCAAUGCCCUGUUCCUAAAUGGAUUUGAGGCAAAUGACUAUAAAUCUGUGAAACAGCCUGUAUAUCAGAAAUGAUAUGUUGCCAUGUAAAUGUGUUCUGUCCCUCCCCACCAGGGGAAAUGUAGGAAAAUGGUAAGUUCCUUAGGGCAAAGACUGUCUUCUGUUUCUUUUCAUGCUUAGAGUAUGAUUGUGUGCAAAGUAGGUACUCAGUAAUAUGUUCCUAGAAUCAUAAAAUUCUCAAGCGAUAAGUUACUGAGUAUCUGCUUCAUGAUAUCCGAUCUUUAGGAUAUAAAGGUAAAUAAGACACAUCCCUUUUACCCAAAGAGCUCACCAUCACAUUGGGGGAGGGGAGGGGAAUUCUAAACAUGUUAAUAAAUCAUUAUAGAAUUGUGAGAUAAGUGCAAUUAAGAAACUAGCUAUAACGUGUAGGGGAAAAUAGAGAAGUGAUCACAUUUGAAAAAAAGUCAGGGAAGUCUUUCUAGAGGCAGUUUUUAAGCUGACUAUGAUGAAUUAAUUAGUAGCAGCUUGCCAGAUGGAAAAGUCCAGGCAGAAUGUAACAUGAAUUGAAAAGGCCAAAAUCUAGAAAUGGCAGAGUGUGUUCCUAGUUUGUUUGUUUGUUUCUAUCUGCCUUGUUUCAGAAAGGAAAUUAGGUGGUUUAUGUUCCAGUCUUUUAAUGCUGGAAUGGCUUGAGAAGAGACUGAAAGAUGGGCAGAAAGCAUAUAAUCAUGAGCUUUGAAUUAAUAAUAAUGAAUGAAUUUUAUAUUAUGAGAAAUGAAGUCUAGAGGAGUGAUAAAAUCAGAUUUGUGUUUUAGAAAUUUUCUGUACUGAAUGAAGAAAGAAAUUGAAGAAUAUGUAACAAACAUGUAUGAUCCCAUUUUUGUAAAAGACAAAAUCGUGUGUAUAUUUAUAUGUGCUUAUAUAUACUUGUAUAUGCAAAGGAAAAGGUGUGAAAUGAUAUAUGCUAAAUUGUUCACACUGAUAACCUUUGGGAAAUCAGAAUGGAGGGGAGUGGGUUUAUGUGGCUCUAUGUAUACUGGGUGGGCAUUGUGCUUUUAUUUCUGUAUCAUUUGAAUUUUUUAUAAGCAUGUAUUUUUGUAAUAAAAUUUUUUAAAAAUCCCAGCAGUCGUGUGGAGAAUGGCUUGGAGGGGAGCAAAUCUAGAUCAAGGGGGAAUGGAACCUGAAGUUAGGGCUAUGGCAUUGGGAUGGAGAGGAGAGGGAUGGAUUUGAGACAUUCUUAGAGGAGCAUGGUAAACAGGUCUUUAUGAAUAAUUGGCAUUUGGAAGGAAAAUAGUAAGAAUGGAAGGUGACUUCUAGAAUUUAGUUUUGGGAGAUUGGGUAGGUACAUGAUACUCAUUCAUUCAUUUCAUGUUUAAUUAUCUUUUUCUUUCCCUCUGUUUUUUUGAGCUAGGAUCUUGCUAUUUAGGCCAUGCUGGCCUAGAAAUUGUUACAUAGCCCAGGCUGGCCCCAAACUUGUGAUCUUCCUGCCUCAGCCUCCUGAGUGGUAGGAUAACAAGCAUGUUCCACCAUACCUGGAUCAAACCACCGAUUUUUAUGUAGCCAUCCAACAGAUGACAAUACAGAAGGUACAGCUUCUGAUUGCAAGGAACUUAAGACCUAGAGUGAGUAAGGUGUAAAUACAUCUUAAUAAAAAGUGAGGAGUUCUGAAUGCUGUUUAUGAAAUAAGGGUAGAAAUGCUUCACAGAUGCUUAAAAGAUAGAUCAUGAAGUCAGAUCAUAUGGUGC